CCGGAUUCUCGGGAUUCGCGAUUGGCUCCCACGGGCGGGACCUUUGUCCAUCUGCAGGAGCGCAGGAGGCCCCGCCACGCCCGGGCCUACGGAGCGGGAGGGGGCGGGGGAGGGAGCGAGCCGGAGACCAACAGUGAGACAGACGGGCCAGGGCAAGGGCGCUGAGACACAAGCAAGAGCCCCGGACCGCGGCGGCGCAGGGUGAAGACGCCGAAUCUCGGGCCGAGCCACUUGCCUUGGGUCACCUGGCCGAAGCAGGCAGAGCCAGAACUUACACCCAGAUCCAGAGAGGACAGGAAAAUGGCUGCCUGGGAUGAAAAGGCCAGCUCCCACAGGGCCAGGGUGGCCCCGGCCCGGAGGAUGAGCAAGUUCUUGAAGCACUUCACCGUUGUCGGGGACGACUACCACGCCUGGAACAUCAACUACAAGAAGUGGGAGAAUGAGGAGGACGAGGAGGACGAGGAGCAGACGCCACAGGCAACCGCCUCCGGGGAGGAGGGCAGAGCCCCCGACCCAGCGGCGGCCCCCCACCCCGCGCCCCGGCCCCCCCUUGACUUCAGGACCACGUUGAGGAAGCUCUUCAGCUCGCACAGGUUUCAGGUUAUCAUCAUCUGCCUGGUCAUUCUGGAUGCCCUCCUGGUCCUUGCUGAGCUCAUUCUGGACCUGAAGAUCAUUGAGCUUGACAAGAAUGACUACGCAGCCAAGGUCUUCCACUACAUGAGCUUUGCCAUCCUGACCUUCUUUAUGAUGGAGAUUUUUUUUAAAUUAUUUGUCUUCCGCAUGGAGUUCUUUCACCACAAGUUUGAAAUCCUGGAUGCCUUUGUGGUGGUGGUUUCCUUCAUCCUCGACUUUAUCCUCCUGUUCCAGAAGCACCAGUUUGAGGCUCUUGGCCUGCUGAUUCUGCUCCGGCUGUGGCGGGUGGCCCGGAUCAUCAACGGAAUAAUUAUCUCAGUUAAGACACGUUCAGAACGGCAGCUGCUGAGGUUAAAACAGAUAAAUAUACAGUUGGCCGCCAAGAUCCAACACCUUGAAUUCAGCUGCUCUGAAAAGGAACGAGAAAUUGAAAGACUGACCAAGCUACUGAGACAGAACGGACUCCUUCCUGAGGUCAACUAGACGUGUGCCUGCUCCAUCCCAACGAGAAGACCCCUGCCUGACGGGUGUGUACCUCUGAAGACAAAGACAGCUGCCCGCCCCCCGGGGCCAUUUCGGGGGAGAGGUUUGGUUUGAUGCUUUUGCCUCCCCCUACCCAGCUCCGGUUUUGGGGGCUGGGAGGGAAAGUCUGUGGGAAGGCUUGCUCUGUCUUGGCAUGACCAAGA